AUGGAUCAAACUUUUAAAAAAUACAAAUUCAAGGUAGAUAUAGGUGCAAGAGAAAGAAUACCAUUGCUAGGGCUAAAUCAUAAUAAGACCCAAACCAUCGGUAAUACCGCAGUGGAACCGACGGCUGUAACAAACCAGCCAUUAACGAAGUUAUCCCGUGAAUUACUCACUCAGGAAGUAUCUUCUGAAACUGAUACUCCUAAAGUGAUCCCAAUUGAAAAAUUCAACGUUGGUACGCCAAAUAAUUUAAUCAUUCAUUCGGAUCAAGUACCAACAACCUCGUCGGCAAUACGACCAACACCUGUGCAGUCGAUAAACUCAAUUCAGAAUAACAAUACCGUGGCAAUCCAGCCUAUACUUGAAGGUCUCCGUUUUGCACUCAAGCCUACAGUUGAAGAUCUCCGUUUUGCAAUCAAUGGCUUCCAAGGGCAGUUAGUAGGGUGCUUUGUUUGUAACAAAAGUGCAACUAUGGUGUGCAGUGAUUGUAAGGUGGCGAAAUACUGUUCAGAUUCGUGCCGACAACGUCACUGGUACGCGGAGCACGUUUUUGACUGUAAAGAACUGCGAAGAAAAAAUGGAAACAGCGCUUGA